CUGGCAUGCUUUCUUAUUACUACAACAAAAAGGAUUACCAAAACAAAAGUAGAAAAGGAGAAUGAAAAACUGGUGAAGCAAGAUGCAAUGCAUUACCACAGAAGUAUAGAAAUUAUUAGUAUUAUUAUGAAAUCUAUGUCUUAAUAUUUUGCCAAAGGGAAGUCACACUCAUCAUACUUGGAAAUGGAAUACUGCUUUUCGCAGGCCUAACAUGGGAACAAGUGCUUCUUUUUCUCUAUGUCAGUCGGUAUCUUCUGUGAAGAUUAAAAAGUGCAAUAAAAAAAUCAUCCCAGAGUCUUUACCUCAGAAAAAUACAAAGAUCUUCAAUGUUUCCCUGGAGACCCUUCGGGAGAAUGGACAGACUGUGUGUGGAGUUCCAGGGAUUGUACACAGCAUAGUGGAGUACUUAGACAAGUACGGUCUGGAGCAGAAAGGGCUUUUCCGGGUCAGCAGCUCGGUUAAUAAACUGAAGGACCUGAAGGCGAAAUAUGAUGGAGGUGAGAAAGUGAAUCUCACUGAAGAGGGAGACAUUGAGUCUGCAGCCGGGGUGCUGAAACUCUUCCUAAGAGAAUUGCCGAAGUCUGUCAUCCCAGAUCCACUCCAUGUCUGCUUUAUGGGGGCCUUCAAAGGUAACAAGGACAAGACUGAGUUAAACCAGCACCUGAAGAAGCUGUUGGGUGAUCUACCUCAGGAACAUUACAGUGUGCUCCGAUACCUCUGUAACUUUCUGCAGAGGGUGGCGUCCCACAGCCAGUCCAAUCAGAUGACCAUGGAGAAUUUGGCAGUAGUGUUUGGGCCCUGUUUCUUUCAUGUUCCCUUUGGCUCCAGUAUGCAGGAAGAGCAGUCUCUCUGUAACUCCCUGUUGCUGCAUAUACUGAAGAACUUUACUGUCCUCAUGGAAGAUGCAGUUGGUAACAGAACUGAGGAAGGACCAGAACCGACUGACACAGAGGGUAGCUGCACUGAAAUGUCAAAUGUAAAUAAGGACAUGUCUGCCACAGAGGAGAAUACAGUGACCCCUAAUGCUCCUGCUUCAUAUCCUUGUGCUCAAUUGGUAAAACGGAGGACGCCGGUCCCAACGCCCCGUACCAGGGUUCCUGUCAGCAGUCUGGGAACAGCAGACCAAGGCUCCCCCACAUCUUGGGAAAUUCAUGUGGCUGAGGUGCCAGAAAACAGCAUGGCAAUGUCUCCUCCUAUAAUGAGCACAACAGGAUUUACAAACAUCCAAGCCAAAGGCAGUGCAGCAAUAAUGGAAAGCUCUCCAGAAGAAGGUGAGUUAGUGCAGGAGGAUAGUCUAACCAUUUCCAAGCAGCACUUCAUACGACACAUUAUAGAAAAACAUGACAUCCACCGGGGCCUCAGUCUGACAGCCUUAUCUGCAAGGGAGCGCAGACGUCUACUAAGACAGCAGGAGGAUGCUUGCCGUCUUAAGGAAAUGGAUGGCAAGAAUAAGGAAAAACUCCCUUGCCAUGCAGUGUUUGGUGAGGAGGGUCAGCUACGAUUGAAAGAAACCAUGCCACACGCUGAGAAAAAAGCUUUGGAGGACUUGGAGAAAAUCAUUGAAGACAGUUUCAAGCCUAAAAGAUCCAAAUCAAGCUCUGAGACAAGUACAGAGCAUGACCAGGACCAAGAUUACAGCAAGGACAUGGAGAAUAAAAUGGAAAGCUUGUCAGCAUGUCAAAUGAACGCUGGGCUGUCAGAAUCCAGGCACGUUCAAAAUGCUUCAUUCCAGUCCAAAGAAAUAUUGGAUUUUCAGAACAGCACGGCGCACUCACUGAAUGAAGACAAAGUGGAACUUCAGGAUUCCAAUGAGCUGGUGGAAGACGAUCCUACGGGGAGCACCCAGCUGCAACCAAUUGCAGACAACACCACCCCCGCUGCUACUGAAGAAAGCAAUGCUUCAAGCAAGGGCACCAUUCAGGACGACAGCUCUUUACUGAAACUACAGGCCUUGGAAGUUGAUCUGUGCUCCUCGUUUCUGCCAGCGCAGGAAGACGAUGCCCAGCUACAGCACCCCAAGGAGCACAGCUUGCAAGCGGGACAUGCUGCACAGGGAGAGGAUGCUAACACUAGAGAGGCCCAGCCAGCCUUCAGAAACUGUCAGAAUGAAGCUGACAUCCAAGCUGAAGCACAACAGUGCCCCGGGACCAGCCGGCUCCUCCACCACAUCACUGACGGAGACAAUCCCCAGCCCUCACCUCGCUGCCCCAGCUUCAGCCAGAGCCAGCGAUUCAACACUGACCCAGAGUCCGCCCCCUCUCCACCCUGCUCUCAGCAAUUCAGAAUGUCACGGGGCAUUGUCAGGGGAGAUCCCCCAGAGACUGUGAAAGAGCCUGUGUCGGUGACACUGCUGACAAAACACAUUCAGAACGUGAAGAAGACAAUCAGGAAAUAUGAAGAGACGUUUGAGCAAGAAAGGAAAUACAGGCCUUCACAUAAUGAUAAAACAGCAAACCCUGAAAUCUUCAAACUGAUGAACGACCUGGCCAAAUCUCGCAAACAACUCAAAGACCUCAAACUGAAAAUGUCUGUGAAAGAACUUCGUGAACAGGGGAGCCAACAGCGAGAGCUGUGCAGAGUGAACUCUGGCCAACAGGGGGCAGUAGAGCUACAGCAGAAACCUUGCCUGGAGGAAACUGUGGAGUCUUUGAUAAUGAGACUGAGGGAGAAACGCACAGCACUUGGCCUGCCAGAGAACAUGAAGGAAAUGACCCAAAAGCAAAUGGCUUUGGAAAAAGUUACUCUGCAAAAAUGCCUGUUAUAUUUCGAGAGCCUUCACGGACGCCCGGGAACCAAACAGGAACGGAAUCUUAUGAAACCACUUUAUGACCGAUACAGAAUGAUCAAGCAGUUUCUGUGUGCAACGUCUUCAAUUACUACCAUUGAAGAAGAGGGAUCUGAUGAAGAGAAUAUGCAGCACAACCCACUACCACCUUCCAGAAUAAUAUCCCAGAAUUCUUCAGACGAGUCUUUGUGUCCCUAUGAGGAAGACAACGAGCCCACUUUUGUAUCCCCUUUAGAUGAGAUGAAAGCUGUCAGACAGACAGUUACCAUGCCCAAUUUACAUGAGGCCUCUGUGCCUGAGUUGCUGGAGCACCUUCGAGAAACCAGAGCUGAAAAGAAGAGACUUCGAAAAGCUUUGAGGGAUUACGAAGACCAGUUUUUAAGACAAAUGGGGAGGACUGCACAGAAAGAGGACCGAAUUCCCAUGGCUGAAGAAUACUGCGAGUUCAAACAAAUUAAAGCAAAACUUAAAUUACUGGAAGUCCUCGUCAGCAAAAGGGGAGCUGCACAGACUACGUGAGAAGAAUUUCCUGCUUCGUUAAUUGAACAUUUUUGGAACGGUUGAGAUGCAUUGACAAAUGUUUUAUAUAUAAAGUGAUUGUGCCAUACAGACACUGCGAUGCACUUUAAACACUGGUUGAGAAUAAAAAGACAGCAAGAAAUUCAACGGUUGCCAAGCAACAGAGAUUACACUUAAGUUGUUUCAAACUGAUACUCGCAGUACUAAUUUAUGUAGCUAGUUCUUUGUUGUGCAAUUAUAUAAAAACAAAAUGGUAGAAACAGAACUGGUACGUGUUUUUACAAUAGUGGUCUUCAUUCAUAUACGUAUAUAUACAGCACUUUAUUUUUACUUAAGGGGAAAAACAAAGUAUUUUAAGAAAUAUACAGUUUCCUCGUUACUGUGUCUUUAGCUGUUAACAUGUUUUGUAAUCUUAAUGUCCAGCGAUGGAGGGUUUCAGGUGAUUUGCAUCCUGUUUUGAAACCCUCUCUCCAAAAAAAAGAUUAGUGCACAGUGGCAAAUGGAUAUUUGAAAGGCUAUCUUCCUGUAAUCAGAAACCUCUUUGUGAUACUUUGUUCAUAAAACCGUCUUCACUGGCAAAUUGCUGUAUAGCCCCAUGGUUAACUUAAAACCCUAAGAUUCGGGAUAUACCUCUUUGUGAAACGCAUGGCAAACAGCAUAAAUGCAGAGCUUCAAAUUAUUUUCAAAAAGCUUUUUUCAGAUUACUAAAUGACAAUCUUCAAUGGUAUGCUGAGUUAAAUACAGCAAUAUGCCUACUAUAGUGAGUCUACUACUGAAGAUAGUUUCAUUAAAUAAUUGUUCUCCGUUUGCAACUCUAAUUACAAGCUUUAAUUAAAAAAAAAAAUAGUCACCAUGAAAUCAUCUGUUAAAAUAUUGAGAAACCACAGUUGCAUCUGUUACUAUAUUGUUCAGAGUACAGUAUAUGCACGUCAGUAAAUUCAACACUCUAAACUAUGGUGCUUUAAUGAUUGGAUAUAUGCUAUGUAGAAUGUAGUGCUUUUUUUGGUUUGUUUGUUUUUUACUUAAUUACCUAGAUUAUCAUUUAAAAUCUGUCUCUCACAUUUUUGAUAAAUUGAUUUCAAGCUAGCUUGUCAAUGUUAGCUUUGUGGAAGUGAUCCCUGCACAUUUUGUAUAUGCUUUGUCAUCAGCUUGAGAAAGUAUUGAUUCCAUUAAUGGCAUACAGUGCUAUGAUCUUACAUCCUUGAUAUUGUGUACUAAGAUUUUUAUACAACAGUAAGAAAAUAAAUAUUUUUCUAUCACAUUUAUUAUGUUAAACACAGUAUAUGGAUUUGGUUAGCUAGAAUAAAUAACAUGUAACACUGUUGAACAACAAGUUGGAAGUGCUGACAUUUCUAGUUUUUUCAAUAUUAAAUUCAUGCUGCAAGUACAACGUAUCAUGCUCUUUUAAAUUAUCCAGUCAUUUUAUUUUAUCACAAGAUAAAAUGGAUAUGCAUUUAGAAGCUGUUACCGUUGCUUUUCUACAGCAGUUUCAAAUCGGUUUGUGUUACUUUUGGCAAAUCAAUACAUUGCAGUUCUAAAAAUAAAUUGUGUUAAGCAUCACAGCCAGGGGGGAGAAAAAGCAUUGUUAUUGUUUGACUUGGCAGCGACUUCACGAAUACCCCAGAAAAGAACAAGGAACACGAACAAAUCUAUUUCAGGACAGAAAAAUAAACCUUUUUAAGAAAAGAAAAAAAACACUCUGCUGCUUGGUAAAGCUGCAUAUGCAUGCUUCUGAGAGAGUCUGCAGAAUGGGAAAUGGAACAUUUAAGGGGUAAGACAAUCUGAGUGUUUUUUUUUUUUUUUUUUUUUUUCA